UCACCUUGCACUUUUUGCCUUGAUCAAUCCGCUAGCAACUGCAAGCUCAUAUUCCCGAUCAGUCAAUUUGGUUGUGUCCACAAAAGUUACUACUCCACGAUGAGGCGUAUAGGACACCUUUCCACGAGGCUUGCUGGGAGUCAUUCCUUUUGGCGUUGCCAGCAAAUUAAUGGAUUCCUUGUCUGUUGGCACCGUCACGGAAAUCAAUUUCUUCAAAGUCUUCCGUUUGCUAUCAUCUUUGGUUCGUGAUUUGACAUCCCUUCGAUCUUGCGUCUUAGCUGUUUUCAGAGUGAAGGAAUUCACCACUGCUCCCGAGGUGCCCUGUAUUUGCUGCGUAGGGUAGUUUUCUACUUUUCCAAACUUGAAGGAGGACUCAUUAACAGUCAUUCUAGCUUUAGACACGUCGAAAACGUAACCAGGUUUCUUUGCUAAGUCUUUCUCUCGUUCACACUUUUUACUGACGGAUUUCGGUGUAGCAAGGCGCUUCACCACGUCUGGAACGGCCUGCAUAACCUGUUCAUGUUUGCGUGUAACUCUUUCAUGCAUAUCACCAAUGGUUUCCAUUUUCGCAAACAUGCGGGCAUGCUGACGAGCGAAAUUCUUAGUUGCUGCAAAAAAAGGAAUUACAUCCAAGGUUCGUUCGAAAUCGGUUGCUGGAAACCUACGGGAAAUCUCCUUCGACUUCCUAUACCCUUUACUUUUCCUGAUGGAACGUGACGAAGACGGGAGACCCUUUUGACUUCUUCUUACUCUUCUUGCUUGUUCCUUCGCCUUUUGACGCUUUCGGGAGGCCUUUUUCACAGCCGAAGAUACGGUUGAAGCAGCAAAACCACCACAUCUCUUGCUUUUUGAAGCUGGUGUGGAGACAGAUACUUCGGGGUGCUUGGAAGUCUCUGAGAUACGUCUUGGAUUCUCCUGAUCAAGACUUCUGUUAGCUGACAAUACAUAUCUUAUGUCAUUUUUAUCUGAAGCUGGCUGUGCCGUAGAGCGAUUCCUAGUGUCUGCGUUGUGAUGGGACAAUGACACAUUUUCUUUUUCCAUGCAGUCAGAACAAAUGUCCGAGCCUUUCAGAUUUGCUUCGGAUUCGUCGUCAGUGAGGAACUCUUCGCCGAACUGUAAAGCGGCUUUUGUAGUCGCCUGAAUAAUGCUGGAGCGGCGGUUUUUCCUUGAACUUCGAGGAGUCUGAGGACGAGCUGUUUCCUCUACGACGUUCUCACCAUCUCCAUGUGAGUGUCGAUCUUUGGAUUGACGACUGCUUUUGCGAUGGUAAGCGUUCACGAGUGGCGAUGUGCUAUUCCCUUGCGGAGUGACUGUAUUGUUCGGUGGUGGAGAGCCUUUUCCAUCCUCGAUAUAUUCGAAUGUUUCAUUCAAUCUUGAAUGGCUUCUACGCCUACUCUUUUUUUUCUCGUCAUGUCCUUCCUCAGUUGUUUGCUUGGUAUCUCCACCUACCUUUGGAAAAGUUGUUUCCGUCUUGUUUCCAUCACCUAUGUGAGAUUCACCUUUCGUGAAGAACUCCGUAAGUCUUGCCAAAAGUUCCGCCUUUUUACCAACGCUAGACAGUCGACGUUUGCUGAGCUCCUUCUGUAAGUCCUUAACCUUCAGUGUGGAUAGAGCUUUGCCAGAUGGGAGGCGAACUUCACAAUCCAUGCACUCCAGUCCUGCAAUCACUUCCUCUCCGGUCUCACCAAGGUUGUAUGUGAGCGUAGACGACGGCGACCCUGCACUACGGUCCCGUUUUCUAUCCGAAUCCAUACUGUGAGCCGCGGCAAAAGCGCAUAA